CUGGCGGCCGCGUCUCAUUACUUUGGGGGAUCCACGACCUACAGCUACAAAGGACAGAACCCCGACGGAUCACUACGGGUGGACAUCCGCAGCCGGGAGACCUUUGAUGGCUGUCAGUACUCCCUCUCUUGGAACUGCUACCAGAGCCACUGUGGGUACGUCCGCAGCUCUGAGAGAGGGGUCAUCGACCGGAGCACCAACGCACCGCGAUACAACAACCAAUGGUGUGAGAGCGAAACCGUCAGCACCAGAAACUUCCCGAGCGACAAACCUUUCCAACUGAGGGCUGCGAGCUGCUGCUGGGUUGCCAAGCGCAACGGAUACCCUUCCUGGAGACUCCAGGCGUCACUGGAUCUGGGAUCACGGUCUGACACUGGAGAACCCAACCGGUCGCCAGACGUUGCCAUUCUCCCUCUCCUCAGAGUUCCCCAGAACUGCCCGAGGACAUACAAGCUGAUGGCCUUCGAUCCUGACGGCGACAAAGUUCGAUGCAGAUAUGGAAAUAUCCGAAAUGUAGAGUGUCAGGCGUGUAACCAGCCUUCAGGCUUCAACUUGGAUCAGGGCUCCUGCACGCUACACUACAAACAUGGUACAGCCAACCCCAGAGUGUAUGGGUUUGAGUUGAUGGUGGAAGACUUCCCGAAAAAGCCCAUCACGCUGGCCUACGCCGACGGGUCCAAAUCCACCAAGACUCCACUUGUUGUGAGGCAUAAAAGACAAGCCACAACAACCACAGCAUACCCAACAACCACAGCAUACCCAACAACCACACCAUACCCAACAACCACAGCAUACCCACCAUACCCAUCAUACCCACCAACCACACCCAUCAGUAAACUACCGUUGCAGUUCUCCUUUCUUGUGGACCCACCUGCUCCUUCGUGUCAGGAGGGACAAUUCUUGCCAAAGUUUGUGUACCCAACACCUUUAAACGGAGCGCGCCUCCAAGCAGAGGUCAACAAAGAGGUGGAGAUCAUCGUCAAAGCACAAGCGUCCCACGCAGCAAUACAUGAUAUCAUCAUCAGCGGCCCGCUGAACAUCACCAAGCAAAGGAACACACAUGGCGAGUUCGUCAUCCGGUGGACGCCUUUCGGAGAUGACGUGGGAGACUUUUUCCCCAUUUGCUUUGCGGUUGAAUCGGUGAAUGGGCCGACGGCUCCCAUACAAAUCCAUUAUCACCACGCCACCCCAUCCUCACAGUCUGGCAUCUAUCAGUCCGAGAUGAGAUGUGUUCUGGUAGAAGUUCGGAAGAAGCAAAUUAAUUCCAAUGUGAUCUGCACCGAGUCCACAAUGACAGUCGAGGUUGAGAAAGCUUCAUUCGCUGGACUCCAUGAGGACAGUUUGCGGCUCAACGACGGCACCAACAUCGCCUGCAGGCUGCAGUCCAACAGCACUCACGUCUUCGCCGUCAUCCCCCUCAACAGCUGUGGCACUGACAUCGAGGAAGACGACGAUAACCUCAGGUUCAAAAACGAAAUCACCACGUUUGACAACAUAGCCGACGUGAUCACCAGGAAACACCUGCUGGAGGUGCAGUUCUACUGCCAGUACUCCAAGCGUGGGAACGUGACGCAGAGCUUCAGAGCACACAGGAAGAGCGUCACCGUGUGGGACCGGGGCUACGGCACCUUCACCUACCAGUUUGAGUUCUAUCCCAACGACCAGUACCAAAGCAUGGUGGAUCCAAACUCGUACCCACUGGUGUAUUCACUGGGGAACAGGAUCUACAUGAAGAUAGAAGCCACCUCCUCCAUCAACAACACGGUGCUGUUUGUGGAGUCCUGCAGAGCUACACCCUACGACAACAACAACUACAAGCAAACCUACUCCAUCAUUGAGAACGGGUGUAACGUGGAUUCCACGGUUCAGACCCAUCCCUCCUCCCACCAGAGGCAGUUCCGGUUCAGCAUGGAGGCCUUCAAGUUCAUCGGCAUGCACGAUCAGGCCUACCUCAGCUGCACGGUCCCGCAGUAUGCGGGCGAGGCGAGGCAGGAGCCCAGGUUCAGGCUCGUCACCUCCCGACGGGCCGCUGCGCUGGCGCCUGGCCCCACAACCCGACGCGGGAGGCCGCCGUCAGCAACGCCUCACUCGGGUUCGGUUCUUGGGUUCUCGCGGAGAGAGAGCGGAGACGAAAGCUCAGCGACGCACAUGAACCUGAACCUGGUCUUCAUCGCUGGAUGUCUUCUUGCAGCUGUGGCCAUGAUCAGUGCAGUGACCAUGUACAAGGCCAAGGGGUCGAAGGUCAAAUACCAACCGCUGUCCACGUUGGAAAACUAAGACGCAGAAUACCAUUUAUGAGUUCAUUCUGUAAUCCUGUUUAUUGAUUGGGUUUGCUACUUCGUAUCGGGUGUUUGUGUUUGAUGAACUUUAUACUUUAUAAAUGUCGACAGCCUAAUGAGGAUGAAUGUGGCCAGCAGCUCUAUAACAAUCAAUUAUAAUAAACAACGAGGUUUUUACGGCUAACGAAGUCGAUGUGAUCAAGGUCCACGUGAUAAAACAUUAAAGCGUGAAAAGAUGAUGAAGAACAAACCAGUCUGAACCGGAUGUGUCUCAUCAUCAAUAAACAUGUGAGAACAUUU